AUGAUAACGAGAGGAGCAAUAACAGUCAUUACGAAUCAGGAAUGUUUGGUGCAUGUGGUGUGUGGUGCAUGCUGGCUCGCCUCCACGCUGAACUUCCAUCUUAACCUUCAACAUCGACCGCAAAGGAAUGCACAAUCCUUAGGAGAGAAAUGUAAAAUUAUUUUUGAAGCUGGAAUGUUAGGCCAAAAGUUACCAACGCGAGAUGGCGUAGUGGUUAUAUCAAAAAUGUUCCUCACAAUCAUAGUAGACAACAACAACAAAAACAACAACAACUCUGCCAACAACAACGCCAACAAAUAUUUCAACACACUCAACAAGUCUACCAACACAAGACUGCAUUAUGUUGCGUUGAUCUUCACUCCGGGUUUCCCAAUGGCUCUGAAGACCUGCUUCAUCAAACGCGAAAACAUUCUCCUCGUCAUCAUCAGUUCCUCUAGCCCGACAGCUACUGUGGCCUCCAAAACAGUAUUAUCGUCAUCGCCAGGUGUCAGUGAAGUGAUUUCAUCAUCUUUAGAUUCAUCAACUCAAAAAAGUGUGAGUAAAGUUUUGUUGAGGUUGUUGAUGUUUUACGAGAUUCAAAUGACGUCAAAAUUUAUUUCAGUCGUCAGUAGAGAACGUUGA